CCGGAUGUACAGUAUAGCAGCUCUUGUAAAAAUAGUAAUGAGAUACAAAUAAAAUCACAUCUCGAGAGCGAGGGGGAAUUUUGGCCGCUCUAUUUUAUCAUUGCUUCCACACAGAAAAGAAAAGAAAACACUCCAAACAAUUCAAAAAGGCCACUGCUGCUUUCGAAUUCAGUUCCAAGAAAAUCCCUUCGAAUCUUGAUUUUCCCUCCAAAAUCAAACCAGAAUUUCAAGAAUGCAGCCGUCUCCUCUCAAUCUCCUCCUCCUCCUCCUCCUCUUCUCCACCUCAACCGCUUUCUCCCCCGCCCACAACGUCACCCUCUUCGAAGACGCAUCCUGGAGCAAUCCGCAGCGCGGCUCCUUUUCUCUCACUAAACCCAAGAGCUGCACCGCCCCAUCGCCGCCGCCGUUGUUCGCCAUGGGUAGAGCAUUCUACUCGAACCCAGUCCGCUUCCUUGACCACUCAACCAGCGCCACCGCCUCCUUCUCCUGCAGCUUCUCCUUCACCACCACCAACCCCCGUUCCUGCCCCUUGGGCGACGGCAUCGCGUUCCUCAUCACCUCCACCGCUGCCGCCGCCUCCACCCCCCAACACACCCACAUGGGGCUCCCCCCGCCUCAAGAUUCCUACUUCGCCGUCGAAUUCGACACCAACUCCAACCAUGUCGGCAUCGACGUCGACAACGUCACCUCAGUAGCCUCCGCCGACGCAGCCAAAAUCAGCCUCAGAGAUAACAGAGAGAUAACCACGUGGAUCGAAUACCGCCACUCCGACACCAUGAUCAGGAUUUGGAUCACUCACUCCAACAACAUCAGGCCCAAAAACCCCAUUCUUGCAUCCAAGAUUGACCUCUCCAAGCGAUUCAAAGAGUUCAUGAGCGUCGGAUUCACCGCCGCAAACGUGAGAGGCUCGUCUGUCUACACCGUGGAGCGGUGGAGAUUCAAGACGUUUCUUGGAAUGGUGCCGCCGUCAAUGGAAGCCGUGAAAACAGGGGAUUGCUCCGUUUGUUCACAAUGGGACACCAACAUCGAAUUCGGCUCCUUUAACACUCGUCGCACGAGAAAGGAGAUCCUGAUCUUGGUUGUGGUUCUAACUAGCUUCGCUGCGCUCACGGUCCUGUUCGGAGCAGGCGUUUUCGUGUGCGUGUGCGUGAUUAGGCGGCGGGGAUGCAGGCGGGCGGAAAUGCAGAGGCAGCCGUAUAGGUUUCACGGCGGGAGGAUGGUGCCGAUGAUGCUAUCUCUGAGUGAGAUAAGGUCAGCCACCAACGGAUUCAAUCACGAUAGGGUGAUUGGUGAAGGGGGCUCGGCUGUGGUGUAUGUAGGGAAGAUCCCACACUGUGGGACCGUGGCGAUCAAGCGUUUCAACCACGAGAAUCACUACGAUUCCUCCUUGGCGCGCGUCCCUUUCAACACCGAGUUUGCUACAAUGGCGGGGUGCUUGAAGCACAAGAAUCUGGUGCAGCUGCAGGGCUGGUGCUGCGAGAGGAACGAGCUGCUCCUCGUCUAUGAAUACAUGGCUAACGGCAGCCUCGACAAGAUCCUCCACGGGCGGCCCAGCUGCUCGAGGUUCUUGACGUGGGAGAAGAGGCUCAACAUCAUCCAUGGCGUCGCGUCUGCUUUGAUCUACCUGCACGAGGAGUGCGAGAGCCAGAUCAUCCACAGAGAUGUCAAGACGUGCAACAUAUUGGUGGACGCGGAGUUUAACCCAAAGCUGGGUGAUUUCGGGCUGGCCGAGGUAUGCAGGCGUAGUUUGAGAGGUAGGGAUGGGGCCGGGGGUAGGGCGACCUUCCCGGCUGGGACAAUGGGGUAUCUGGCGCCCGAGUAUGCCUUCUCGGGCGUCCCCACGGUGAAGACGGACGUGUACAGCUUCGGGGUGGUGGUGCUGGAGGUGGGCACGGGGAGGCGCCCCGUUGAUGAGACGGGGUGCCUCCUGUGUGAGCAUGUGUGGGGGCUGUGGGAGAGGGGGCUCAUCGCUGAUGCGGCUGAUCCCAAGCUCUUGGGGCGCUUCAGCCGGGUGGAGAUGGAGAGGGUGCUCGUGGUGGGGCUGGCUUGCGCGCACCCAAACGGGGAGAUGAGGCCGACCAUGAGGGAGGCUGCGCGGAUGCUCGGAGGGGAGGCGCCGCUGCCGGCCUUGCCUAGCAAGAGGCCGGUUGUGAUGAUUCAGUCAGUGGUGGCGCACGCAGCUGAGGAGUUGGCGAGUGCCACUAGCACACCCUGGUCCACUCCUAGGACUCAUUUUAGCAAGAAUCAGUACCACCCGGAUAAUAACUAGCUCUCUCUUUCAUUCACAACAGACUUUCAAUAUUUCUUGUUGUUUCCUCACCCCAAAUUCUUGUUCUGAUAUGUGAGGUAUAACCAAUUUUGGAUCAAGUGUUGUUGUAGUCACUGUGAAG